AUGGUGGUGCCACCUGUGUCCAAAUCUCAUAGCCUCUCAGUCUUCAUUCUCACCAUCUUAGGGAAUCUGGCCAUAAUCAUUUCCAUCUCGUAUUUCAAGCAGUUUCAUUCUCCAGUCAGUUUCCUCAUCUUAUCCAUGGCCGGCACAGAUUUCCUGCUGGGCUUUGCCAUUAUGCCUUACAGCAUGGUGAGGUCUGUAGAGAAAUGCUGGUUUUUUGGGAUUAUAUUCUGCAAUGUUCAUUACAGUUUUGACUUGAUGCUCUGUUUAGCUUCCGUUUUCCAUCUUUGUUCCAUUGCCGUGGAUCAGUUUUAUGCAAUCUGCCACCCUCUGCAUUACACCAGCACCAUGACUGUCACAGCCAUAAAACAAAUUGUAGCAGUCUGCUGGUCAGUGCCUGCUGCUUUUGCUUUUGGUGUGGUUUUCUCAGAAGUUUAUGCUUCUGGAAUUGAGGGCUAUGAAAAGCUAGUUAAAUGCUCGUGCCCUAUUGUGUUCAACAAACUGUGGGGGGCUUUUUUAUUUACAGUUGGUUUCUUUGCUCCUGCUUGCAUUAUGAUAGGAAUUUAUGUUAAAAUUUUUACAGUCUCCCAAAGGCAAACAUGGGAGAUGAUAAACAACAUGAGUAGGAGUAUUGGUUCUCAGCAACACAUAGAGGCAUCCAAGAGCGAAAGGAAAGCAGCAAAGACUCUUUGGGUAGAUGUAAGAGUCCAUCCUUUGUGUUGGUUGCCCUUUUCUAUUGACACCAUCGCAGACAGACUUCUGGAUUUCAUUACCCCUUCAGCUCUGUUGGUCCUAAUUCGGUUUGCUUACUUCAGUUUGAUCUGCAAUCCCGUAUUGUGCAUUUAUGUAUUUUCCUACCAUUGGUUCAGGAAAGCUGUGAAACUUGUUUUAACUUGUUGGAUUUUUCUUAAAAUCUUUGUUCAGCAGCAAGCUGCAUGGGCUGCCCCUCUCCCCCCGGACGCCCCCGGGCCCGCCAGCAACGGGGUCCCCCCGGAGGCCCGAACGGCGCCGCGCCCGCCCCUGCCCCGGCCCGCCCUGCUCUGGCACCGGCCGGACAGGGCCAUACCUCCCUUCGCCGCCGCCGUCACGGCGGGGCGGGGCGGGCCGGGUCCUACCCGCCCCUCCACGCCCUGCAGCCGCCACCGCCCCCGCCGCGCCCCUGCGAGCGGGUUCGCCGGGGCCGGGUAA